AUGUCAUGUACAAAUCCUGGUAGUUCUAGUAAAAAUGGAGGAUCAAGAAGUGGUGUUUCAAGACGCAUAAAUUCAGUGAUAGAUGGUUCAUUGACCUUUUUUGGAUUCAAUUCUCGUGAAACUACCAUUGAAGAUUGGAAUGAACGCCGACUGAGAUAUAUGAUAAAGCGUUAUGGAAGUAUUAAGGGCGAUCGUUUAUCUGCUCUAACUACACCAGUCCCGUGUGAUUUAUCUGGUUCGUCUUUAAGACAACAAGUAAGUAAAUCUCAGUUGAUAACUCCAACCAUGUCAUGUACAAAUCCUGGUAGUUCUAGUAAAAAUGGAGGAUCAAGAAGUGGUGUUUCAAGACGCAUAAAUUCAGUGAUAGAUGGUUCAUUGACCUUUUUUGGAUUCAAUUCACGUGAAACUACCAUUGAAGAUUGGAAUGAACGCCGACUGAGAUAUAUGAUAAAGCGUUAUGGAAGUAUUAAAGGUGAUCGUUUAUCUGCUCUAACUACACCAGUCCCAUGUGAUUUAUCUGGGUCCUCAUUAAGACAACAAUUUGCGUCAAGUUCAAACGCUGAACCAUUGAAAAUUAUGGCAAAACGUCAAGUAUGCUCAUAA